CCCCGCCCCUCGGCGGCUCCAGGUGCGGCUGUGGGACGUCGGACAGCGGCGGGGCCAGGGCCAGAGCCGGAGCCGGGGCCGGGGCGCCAUGGCCGAGUCCCAGCUGAACUGCCUGGACGAGGCGCACGUGAACGAGAAGGUGACCGAGGCGCAGGCCGCCUUCUACUACUGCGAGCGGCGGCGGGCCGCGCUGGAGGCGCUGCUGGGCGGCGGCGAGCAGGCCUACCGCGAGCGGCUCAAGGAGCAGCAGCUGCGGGACUUCCUCUCCAGCCCGGAGCGCCAGGCCCUGCGCGCCUCCUGGAGCCCCUAUGAGGACGCCGCCCCCGCCGCCAACGCCCGGGGCAAGAGCAAGGCCAAGGCCAAGGCCCCCGCGCCGGCGCCUGCUGAGUCCGGCGAGUCCCUGGCCUACUGGCCUGACCGUUCCGACACCGAGGUGCCUCCGCUGGACCUGGGCUGGACGGACACUGGUUUCUACCGCGGCGUGAGCCGGGUCACCCUCUUCACCCACCCCCCUAAGGACGAGAAGGCGCCGCACCUCAAGCAGGUGGUCAGGCAGAUGAUCCAACAGGCCCAGAAGGUCAUUGCUGUGGUCAUGGACCUCUUCACUGAUGGUGAUAUCUUUCAAGACAUCGUGGAUGUUGCCUGUAAGCGCCGGGUCCCAGUGUACAUCAUCCUGGACGAGGCGGGAGUGAAGUAUUUCCUGGAGAUGUGUCAGGACCUGCAGCUCACCGACUUCCGGAUUCGGAACAUCCGUGUCCGCUCUGUGACAGGCGUUGGCUUCUAUAUGCCCAUGGGGAGGAUCAAGGGGACCCUGUCAUCAAGGUUCCUGAUGGUGGAUGGUGACAAAGUGGCCACUGGAUCUUACAGGUUCACCUGGAGUUCCUCCUACGUGGACAGGAACCUCCUCCUGCUCCUGACAGGGCAGAACGUGGAGCCCUUUGACACAGAGUUCCGGGAGCUGUACGCCAUCUCCGAGGAGGUGGACUUGUACCGGCAGCUGGGCCUGGCGGGCAGGAUUGGCCUCCACUACUCCUCCACUGUGGCUCGAAAGCUCAUCAACCCCAAGUACGCCUUGGUGUCAGGCUGCCGCCACCCGCCUGGGGAGAUGAUGCGCUGGGCUGCCCGGCAACAGCGGGAGGCAGGCGGCAACCCGGAGGGGCAGGAGGAUGGUGGCAGCGGUGGCGAGUCAGCCCGGCGCCUGGAAAGCUUCCUGAGAGACCUGGUUACGGUGGAGCAGGUGCUGCCCCCUGUGGAGCCCAUCCCCUUGGGAGAGCUGAGCCGGAAGGAUGGCAAGAUGGUCUCUCACAUGCACAGAGACCUAAAGCCCAAAUCCCGAGAGGCACCCAGCCAAAAUGGCAUGGGAGAAGCAGCCCGGGGGGAGGCCGCCUCCGCCAGGCGCUUCAGCAGCAGGCUCUUCAGUCGCCGAGCCAAGAGGCCCACGGCGCCCAACGGCAUGGCCAGCUCCGUCUCCACUGAGACUGUCCCUGAAGUGGAGUUUCUGACAGGGAAGAGGCCCAACGAGAAUUCCAGUGCUGACAUCUCAGGUAAAACAAGUCACAGUUCUGCCAAGCCCAGCAACUGCGUGAUUUCCUGAGCUGCAGGAUGGUGGUGGGCAGGACGUGUGGAUGUUCGCCUGCCCUGCCCUGUGUUGUGGAGAGCUCAGGUCGCACACUGCACCAGUUUGCACAUCAGACUCCAACUGGCCUCCUGCCUUGCAGCCUCUGUCCUGGUCUCAGGGACCCUGGAUCCCAAAUGAGAGGGUCCGAAGCAUCUCAGUUACACGCCUCCACCAGACUGUCGGUGGCUGGGCAGGGGUCAGUGCCACGGCCUCCUUGUUUACAUGAAGUGGAAGCUUGACCAGUGUCUGCUCGCCUUUGUGCCCCACCCCCUCCGCUGGUCGCCAGAUGGGGUGAGGGCCAUUCUUUAAACCUUAAUGGGAUGGGGUAUCUGGGGCAGCCGCAGUGGCUUCUCCUUUCCCAGGCUUCCUGGUGCUUCUGGUUCCCCCCACUGCUCCCCACCCAAGAGAUUGGUGGAAUAAAAGGGAAGAGGGCGGAACCCUGAGCCUGGGAUCCUAAGUUCCAGUCUUGCUCUAGCCGCCGACCUCCAGGUGUAAGGUGCAGCCGGAACUGCAGGGGCACUGGCUGCAGGGAUCUUCCUGGCCCCGGCCCUGCAGGCUCCUGAACUAGACUUGAAUGAGGGGAAGAUCCCACGGCCUCCCCCAGCGAGGGGCAGAAUUUGAUGCUGCUGUUCUGAGAGCACUCAUACUGAGGUCUCUUUCCCUGCCGGUGCCGUCCUGGCAGUCUCAGCAUGAGUGGUCCCGGCCUCCUCGGCUGCUGCCUGCUGCAGACCUAUGUGGGGGUCUUUACAGUGCCUUUACCUGGGACUGUUCCUUCCCUCAGUCAGUAAACUUAGGUUUACAGCCAAGGCAGGGAGGGGCUUGGCUGAGAGGGGAUUGGGGGUAUGGGAGGCUGGGCCCUGAGGACAGGAGCAUUUGCCUUUUUUCCCCCAACUCUAACGGGGUCCUCGGACCCCUUCACCAACCAGGGCUUCCAGGUUACACUUCGGCCAAAGACAGGCCUUUGCCUUCUUCGAGAGUCAGGCCAUGUUUAGGAGCCUGUGCCUCGCCAGAGCAGGUCAGCCUAAUUGCCAUGAGGCUGGGCCGGGAGACCCAGUAAGCAAUUCCACUCUGCCCUCCCCACUUGGGUGACUGGAGAGGGCCGAGGAGAGUUUGUGAAUGGACCUGGGAGAAAUUGCCAAACUGCAGACUCUGUGAGCCGGCCCUGCGGGCAGGGCGAUGGGGGAUCUGAGUCCUGUGAAAGAGCCAUGCGGCAGUGACCUCUGAA